AUGUUCUACAGAAUCUGCGCCCCCUACGUCUCUCCCCAAAACAUCAAAUUCGCCAACCUUUACUGGCAGGUACAGGAAAUGACCGAAUUCAACUCAACCUUCUACCUUUUCGGCGCCUACCUGGAUGAACGCAAGUUGGCCCUGAAGGGCAAGAGGCCUGUUGUGCGAAUUUUAACCCUGAGCACCACCUUUCUGAACUCAUCUAGGUCAGCGUUCUGCCAGUUUUGGUACAGUGGUGCAAACCAAGCAGCCCAUUCAAAGGUCACGUCGUUUAACUACGCGUGGAAGGUCGAGUGGGGUGGCAUGACACACGCUACUGUGUACCCUUACCUGGUCGCCUGCCCGAUUCCACCUGGUUAUGGGGAUAAGGUGCCGGAUUCUGUUUCCCUGGUCCAGCGAAAGUGCGACAAAGCCACAAAUAACAUCAGGGUCGUCUUCAACCCUUUGCCAAAGGAUGAGAAGAAGAAGGAUUUCGCUGUUUGCGUAAAAGGGAUGUACCUAAGCAACAACCCUGCUGCCGCCCUUAGGCUGGCCGAGUGGACAGAAUUGGUCCACAAUAACAUCUCUAGUGUGCUGGAGUACUACCAGACGGUAGAUAAUGUCGAGGUGAUUCCCAUUACGAUGCCAGGUUACUUCACCAACAACCCCUAUGAGUUGAACGAGUUUAUAAAAAAACAAGUUAUUCUUCGACGAGGAAUGGAUGCGAUUAUGCACAACGACUGCUUGUACCGUAAUCUGUACCUUUACAACUAUGUCAGCAUAUUUGACAUUGACGAAAUAAUUUUGCCACUGAGCGUUGAAUCGUGGGGCGACCUGAUAUACCAGAAAGGUAUACCUCAGGCGAGAGCUGAUAACAAACGCAAGGUGGCUGCUUUCCUGGCACGCAACGUCCUUUUCAUGGACGGCAGACCUGAACCUGCGAUAGACAUACCUGCCCAUAUGCACAUGCUGAGCCACGUGCGGCGAAAUUUGCAGCACGACGGCGACAAUAUGACGGGCUUAAUUACUUUCAAGACUUUCCAAAGCACCGAAAGGGUGCUGUCGGCGCAAACGCACCACCCCAUCGAGUGUCUCGGAGGCGUCGAGUGCGAAAUUUUCACCUUCAACCUAGAAGACGCUCAUUUGCAGCAGUACUGCAUCGGUAUAAUAAAGAGAGCGUGCAGAACGAAUGACACGUACUUGACCCUGGACACUUCCAUCUGGAGGUUCAAGGACAGACUAAUUACUGCAUCCGAACGCGUACUCAGGGAAACGAGAAUACUCAAUUAG